UGUUAUGAGCUUCCCUUUAAACAUCUUUAACCUAAUUUGCUUUGUUCUGUCAUUUAGUAUUCUAACGCGAAAAUUAUUAACAAUUUUCUUUGACUUAAUGUUGAUCACGUUUGGCAGCAUUUUCUCAUUAAUAUUUGUUAGCAGUAGCUGCAAGUGGCCUGUCCAUCAGUUGACGUACUGACCACUUUUUCUCAUCCUGCGACUUUUCUUUAUAUGCUGGUCAUUGGCACAGAAACCCAGUGACAGAGGCAUGCAACAUGUUUAAGGACAGAUAAGGAACACGAACAGGACAGGGCAAGAGCAAGGGCUGGAGAGCAGGGAGCAGGAGAGUUACAAGAAGCUAAAUGUGCGAACAUUGCAAAAGCAUGGCAUACUUACAGGCGCUGAUGCUGUCACGCCCGACAUUGAUGACUGCGUUGACAAGUUGCUACGGCUACAGCUGGACAACAACAGCAACAACAACAACAACUAUGGCAAAUGCCAGCGAUGAUGACAAGAAUGUGCGGGCGUCUCUCGAGAAAUGUGUCAAGCGUGGCGACUUGAGCUGCAUAAGCAAACAGCAGGGGAUUUUGGUUUGCUCACUCCUGUUCGAAAGUAUCUCAGAUUUGUGUUUCGCAUUUGUUGGCCAAACAAUGUUGAAGUUCAGUCUUAAAGGUAAAACGUUUGACCGCCGCGAGCUAAGCCACUUUUCGCCUUUUUCAACGUAACCGCUUUACCUUUUGACCAAGAAGAAAAAAAAUGUUCCAAAAGAGUAAAGCCAAAUUUACUGAUACUCUUAUUACAGAACAUUUAAUGAUAAAAUCAAAAAUUCAUAAAC